AUGUCAAUACCAGCCUACCACGAGUCUCUUCCCUACAUUGACGAGGAGCCCUCCGUCGAGGUCCUCGCUGCCGCGCGCGCCCUCAUCGACGCCGAAAUCGCCUCCUCCUCCUCCUCCUCCUCCUCCGCCUCGCCGCCAUCCCACCCCCCUCCCUCCUUUACGUCUACUAUGACUAUCGAGCUCGACCGCGUCGCCUCGCAGACCCCCCUCCAACCCCUCGACCUCUCCCGCUAUGAAGCCCAAGAUCCCCUCCCGACAUCCUCCGCGCCCGCCGCCUCCCUCCGCGGGCCCCUCGAGCGCGCCCAGGUCUCCGCCGCGUACCUGGCCGCGCGCAACCAGAACCUGCGCCUCCUCGACCGCGGCGGCCGCAACGCCUGGCUGCUCGUCAACUACCACGCCGAGACCGAGCUGCGCACGCUCGAGGCCGAGCUGGCGGCCGCGAGGCGCGAGGUCGACCUGGUCAACGCGGCGCGGCGCGCGAGGCAGGACGAGGUCGCGGCGGAGAUGCGCGGCCUGGAGGAGGGCUGGCGCGCGAGGGUCGGUAGGGUGCUGGAGACGGAGAUCGCGGUCGAGGAGCUGAGGCAGCAGAUCCGCGACGAGCUGCGGAAUCAGAACCCGCCACGAGAGUAG